AUGAAGGCCGUGGGUGACACAUGGAUCAAUCCAGAGCCCACUUCUUGGCUGCAGAGGCCAUUCCUGAAAGCCUCUACCAUUAAAAUGGAUGCUGGGGGUAACAAGUGGCCAAGGAGCAAAUGGGCCAACAGCGGGCUCCUGCUAGAUGGGGCUGUUGAUGACGCCACUGAGUGCAAUUUUAGUCCCGGAUGGACUUACUUUGCCUCAAUGUUGCUGCCUUUCACUCAGGGAAAAUUUAUCCCUAACUAUAAGUGUGGCGUCCCUCAAAAUUUGGCUGCAGUUAUUGGAGCACCUGACAUCUCUCUUCACAUGGCAACUUUAUUAUGCAUCUAUAAAGUUCCUCAGUUGACCUAUGGCUCUGCUCCAGUCAAGGAUAAAGAGACCCAAUCAAUUUUCUUCCAACAAAUGUUUCCGGAUGAAUUGCAUGAAGAUAAGGGUCUCCUGAAACUAUUGUUGUAUUUUAAAUGGAUCUGGAUUGGAAUUCUUGUGGUAAAGGAUGACAAAGGAGAGAGAUUUGUACAAGAGGUGCUCCCCACAUUUUCUGAACAUGGCAUCUGCAUUGAAUUCAUAGCAGAGUUACCAAAUGUAGCUUUUUACAGUGAUUUUACUGAUUUCAUAGACAAAGGACUAUAUUUAUACCAAGUUCUCAUGAACAGCACAGCCAAUGUGAUAAUCGUGUAUGGUGAAAUUUGCUCCAUAUCGUUUCUGAGAAGUGUCUUCCAGUUUUCAGAAGUGGAGGAUAUAUCAAGAAAGACAAAAAUUUUGAUUACAUCCAGUCAGACGGAUUAUUCUUCAAACUCCUUUGAUAAAUCUUUGGAUAUCCAUUUCCUACACGGUGUUUUAUCUUUUGCAGUUCACACAAAGGAGGUCCAAAACUUCCAGGAUUUUUUUCAAAACCUAAAUUCAAACAACAACCAACAUGAUCAUUUUCGGAAAGAUUUUUGGGAACAGGCAUUCGAAUGUUUCUUCUCAAACUCAAAAAUUGAGACAUCUGAGAAGAAAUGUACUGGUCAGGAGAGGCUUGAGACCCUUCCCACAUCUGUGUUUGAAACACGCAUGAGUGGACAGAGUUACAAUAUUUACAAUGCAGUCUAUGCUGUGGCACAUGCUUUACAAUCUUUCUCUCUAUCCAAAUCCAGAAAAACAAUAGUGAAAGAAGGAAGGAAAUAUUUCCACAAUCAUAUGUGGUGGCAGGUUCAUUCUUUUCUGAGAAGUGUCAGAUUCAACAACAGUGUUGGUGAAAAGAUCUCCUUUGAUAAAAAUGGAGAAUUCAUUGGUGGAUAUGAUAUAAUCAAUUGGAUCACAUUCCCAAACCAGUCCUUUUUUAGGGUCAAAGUUGGAAUGAUAGAUCCCACAGCUCCACCAGAGAAAUUCUUCAAUAUUUCUGUAAAUUCCAUCACGUGGCCAGUAGGCUUUAAUCAGGCAUUACCUCUAUCUUUGUGUAAUGAUCCUUGUGAGACAGGACACAGCAAGGCCAAGAAAGAAGGGGAGUCAUUUUGCUGCUAUGAUUGCUGGCUGUGCCCAGAAGGAAAAAUAUCAAAGGAGAAAGAUAUGGAUGACUGCUUCCCAUGUCCUGUAGAUCAAUAUCCAAAUCCUGAGAAAAAUAUGUGCAUUCUAAAACAGAUCACUUUUUUGUCCUAUGAAGAACCCUUGGGGAUCACUCUGACUGUUCUUUCCCUUUGCUUUUCUCUAAUGACAACUUUGAUCAUCACAAUAUUCAUGAAACACAAAGACACUCCCAUCGUCAAAGCCAACAACCAAAAUCUCUCUUAUACACUCCUAGUUUCCCUUCUCCUCUCUUUCCUUUGUGUCUUUCUAUUUGUUGGCAGACCGGAUAAGAUUUUGUGUCUCCUUCGACAACCAGCUUUUGGCCUCAUCUUUUCUGUAGCAAUUUCUUGUGUAUUGGCCAAAACCUUUGUUGUGGUUCUAGCAUUCAUGGCCACCAAACCUGGUUCCAGAUUGAAGAAAUGGGUGGGUGGAAGAAUGGUCAACUACAUUAUUAUUUCCUGCUCCUUUGUUCAAAUAUGUGUUUGUGCUGUGUGGCUGAUAACAUCCCCACCAUAUCCAGAUUUUGAUAUGAAGUUAAUGUCUGAAGAAGUCAUCAUGGAGUGCAAUGAAGACUCUGUUAUGUUCUGCUGUGUUUUGGGCUUUAUGGGUUUUCUUGCUCUGGUUAGCUUCUCUGCUGCUUUUCUAGCUAGGAAGUUACCUGACAGCUUCAAUGAAGCCAAAUUCAUCACCUUCAGCAUGUUGGUCUUCUGCAGUGUUUGGCUGUGCUUUAUCCCAACCUAUCUAAGCACUAGGGGAAAAUACAUGUUGGCUGUGGAGAUCUUUUCCAUGGUCUCCUCCAGUGCUGGUUUAUUGGUGUGCAUCUUUCUUCCCAAGUGUUUUAUCAUUAUGAUGAGACCUGAACUGAACAAUAAACAUCAGCUCAUGAAAAGAAAAUUUUAA